UCCGCAGACGGUCACACUAAACCCUUGGGCCAAGAUUAUUUGUUGAUUGUUGCGUCGGCCGGAGUUGUCCGCCAGUUUUCCGUUAAUUGAGUUAUCACCUGGUUAAAUACUGAUUACAGUGGUGCCUCAACUACGUGACUUUCAUAGCGGAGCUUAUCGUUCCGCAAUUGUUUUCCCCGUCUGUCUGGUCAUAGGAUCCCGGAAUAGGAAUAGGAGCGCUCCAUCAUGUUGUACUGCCCGCCCAACGUGACCCUCAGCGAGGUGUGGACGCAGCAUGGCAUCUCGCACUGCUUCAUGGACACCGUGGGCCCGGCCGUGUACGGCGGAUUCCUGCUCCUCUUCGGCUGCAUCCAGUUGCUGAUGUACCGGAAGUACGCCACCCGGAUCACGGAUCCCACGCAGAUCUCCAAGUCCCGCCUGUUCGCCCUGCAGCUGUUCCUCUUGUGCCUGCUCCCUGUUCUGGCCGCCCUGCGGUUCCUGAUGAACGCACGCAUCUAUCCGGAUAGUGCGGUGUACGGCUAUAUGAUCUUGUCGACCUGCGUUGUGUGCUUCUCGUAUCCCUUCAGCAUCUGUCUGAUUCUCAAGGAGCGCUACUACCAGCUGCCUUCGGUGCCCACCCGGGGACAUGGCCUCAUCCUGCUGCUCUUCUGGACCCUGGCCUUCAUCAACGAGUCACUGGCCUUUAUCAAUCUGCGCCACGAGGACUGGUGGUUCCAUCUGAAAACGAACAAGGAUCAAAUCGAGAUGGGCCUGUUUGUCACGCGCUUCCUUUGCUCGCUGCUCAUCUUUGUCUUGGGCCUGAAGGCACCUGGCAUCAUGGCGCCUUACAAUCCGCACGAGCGGCUGGAGAACGAAUCCUCCAACGAAUCGCAAGGAAACAUGCACACGGGCUCGGCUUUCCGGAAUGGCUGGCGCAAGUUGAGCACUGUCUUUCCCUACCUUUGGCCCCGCAAGAAUCUGGCCCUGCAAUUGGCCGUCAUCGUGUGCAUUCUACUGCUGCUGGCCGGACGAGUCAUAAAGCUGUUUUUGCCGAUUUAUCGCAAGAAGUUGGUGGACAGUCUCACCAUUGCGCCGAUACUCUUCCGCUGGGACUAUGUGCUGGUCUAUGUGGCGUUGUCCUUCCUCCAGGGCGGCGGCACCGGCACCAUGGGAUUGUUCAAUAACCUGCGCACCUUCCUCUGGAUACGGGUCCAGCAGUACACGACCCGCGAGAUCGAAAUCGAGCUCUUCCGGCACCUGCACCAGCUUUCCCUGCGAUGGCACUUGCAGCGGAAGACCGGCGAGGUGCUGCGUGUGAUGGAUCGUGGAACGGACUCCAUCAACAAUCUGCUCAACUAUAUUGUCUUCUCUAUUGCGCCCACCAUACUGGAUUUGUUCGUGGCAGUGGCUUACUUCAUUUACGCCUUCAAUUGGUGGUUCGGCUUGAUCGUGUUCCUCACCAUGUUCCUGUAUAUAGCCUCCACCAUUGCCAUCACCGAGUGGCGGACCAAGUACCAGCGGAGGAUGAAUCUGGCGGACAACGAGCAGCGGGCUCGUAGCGUGGACUCCCUGCUGAAUUUCGAAACUGUUAAGUACUACGGAGCGGAGAACUACGAGGUGGACUGCUACAGGGAGGCCAUUCUCAAGUACCAAAAGGAGGAGUUCCUCUCCAUGCUGACCCUGAACAUGCUGAACACCGCCCAGAAUAUAAUCCUGUGCGUUGGCUUGCUGGCCGGAUCGCUGCUCUGCGUUUAUCUGGUGGUGCACCAGCAGACGCUCACCGUGGGCGAUUUUGUGCUCUUCUCCACCUACCUGAUGGAGCUGUACAUGCCGCUGAAUUGGUUCGGCACCUACUACCGGGCCAUUCAGAAGAAUUUCGUGGACAUGGAGAACAUGUUCGACCUGCUGCGCGAGGAGGAGGAUAUUGUGGAUGCGCCCGGCUGCUCGCCGCUCCUCACAGCUGGCGGUAGCAUCGAGUUCUCCAACGUGACGUUUGGUUACUCGCCGGAGAAGAUCGUGCUGCGCAACGUGAGCUUCACUGUGCCCGCCGGCAAGACGGUGGCCAUUGUGGGACCCUCUGGCGCUGGCAAGAGCACCAUUAUGCGGCUGCUUUUCCGCUUCUACGACGUGCAGACGGGAGCCAUCCUGAUUGACGGACAAAACAUCAAGCUGGUGCAGCAGCAGAGCCUGCGAAAGGCCAUUGGAGUGGUGCCCCAGGACACCGUGCUGUUCAACAACACCAUUUUCUACAACAUUGAGUAUGCCAAGCUGGGCGCCGCUGACGAGGCCGUCUAUGAGGCAGCCCGUGCCGCCGACAUACACGACAGGAUCCUCAGCUUCCCGGACAGCUAUGAGACGAAGGUGGGCGAGCGGGGCCUGCGGCUAAGUGGAGGCGAGAAGCAGCGAGUGGCCAUCGCCAGGACGCUCCUCAAAGCGCCCAUCAUCGUGCUCCUGGAUGAGGCAACAUCCGCCUUGGACACGCACACAGAGCGAAACAUUCAGGCGGCCUUGGCCAGAGUGUGCGCCAACCGCACCACCAUCAUCGUGGCCCAUCGCCUGUCCACCGUCAUACAUGCGGACGAGAUCCUGGUGCUGCAGCAGGGCAGCAUUGCGGAGCGCGGUCGGCACGAGGAGCUCGUCCUGCGGCAGGAUGGCAUCUAUGCGGACAUGUGGCAGCAGCAGCUGAAGAACCUGGAUGCGGAGCAGAGUGGUUCCGACAACGGAGACGCAAGUGCAGAGUCGGGCUCGGAGAAACGCAGUUCAGGAGGCGCUGGACCCAGUGGUUCUGCUGCGGGAGGAGCUCACUUUAGGGCAGGACAUGCUCAUGGGGGAGCACGCUAGGCCUAAGACACCCACAUAAUACUUUCUGUUAUUCCUGAUUCCAUGUGAUUUGUGGUAUAUUGUUAUACGUAUGAACAGUUCGUCUAUAAGUAACCUUAUACGCUACUCUUAUACUAAUAAAUAACGUAGUUUUUUAAAGACAAUCUGUGGCAGCCCAAGUGCGCUGCAAAUAAUAGUUUUGAAAGUGCAUGGUACCAAAUAAAAUAGCGCAAUAUUGUGCAUUUCUAGUCCUUA